GAAGACUUGGUUCAUCCACGGAGGAGGGUUUAUGACUUGUUUAUGGCAGCUUACCAGUCUCUCUUUACGCCCCUCAAAAUGGGGCAGUCUCCUUUUACUAUCCUUCUCCUUAAACGCCUUUCUCUCUGUAAUGGAACCCGACUAAAGUUUCGUAACUUUCCUCCUCCUCCAUGUUUUACCACCGUUAUUUCAAAGCCCUUCUCUUCUGCUUCCCAACAGCCGCAGGGUGCCCCCUCUCAUGACCCACCAAAACCAACUUCUCUCUCAGCUCGUAUGAGCUUCGUUUUUGAACAAAUUGAUAAAAUCGAAAAGCAGAAACAACAACAAUCGCUCGAGAACGACGACACUCUACAGCGUAUAAGAGCUUGGCGACAGUCGAAGAAGGAAUCUCAAGCAACCCAACAGCAAUUUCAGUACAAAGAACAAAACACAGAAUCUGGUAUUGCCAAGAAUGAUGCUAAUCCUACUGAGUUUGCUUUGUCCAACUCGCCCGAGCUAACCGACUCACACAACAAGGAUGCACUCCGUGCUUGGAGGGAUUCGAAGUAUGGGGAGCAUAAGGGAUACCCGGAAGGUGCUGAAAAUGAGGCUGAAGUUGGUGUUUCGAAAACUGAUUCAGUGACUGUGUUGGGAAAGUUGCAGGGCAAGGAGGUGGAGGUGGUGCACCCAUGGCCAGAGUGGAUAGAGUUGAUGGAUAGAUUAGUGCAGCAGAAUUAUUUUGAUCAUAAAAGGAGAGAUGAUGGAAAAAUGGUGGAAGAGUUGGGAUUUGAUAUGACUAAUUUUGUUGAGGAAGUUAAGGAUGAUGCUGGAAUUGAUUUUAAGGACUACAAGACCGUACAAACUGCUUGUAUUAAUUUCGGGAAGGACCGGUUUGAUAUAUUGAGGUCACUAUCAAGGCAAGAUAUGCAAAUUUUGGUUGGUUUUGGAUGCCCGAAUACAGAUAAGAAGGUGGUUUUCUCUGCAAAACUCUUGAGAAAACAUGUCCACCUUGAUGAAGGAGAUGUUUGUAGCUCCUGCAGUUUGAGGAGUUCUUGUGAGAGAGGAUAUCUCCUGACAAACAAAGAAGAUGAAGCACGGACUAUUGAUGCUAUGCGUGUCCUACUGACAUAUGGAUUUGAUUAUUUGAAUGGUUCCGUGGUGAAUGAAUCUGUUCUGAAAAAGAAGUCUGUAAAAACUGUUGCUCGUAAGUUGCUAUAUGAGGUCGUAAAGUUGAGUGCUGUACCUAUAGACCCUAAUCUUCCACCACCUGUGAUAAAGAAGCCUCCACCAAAAGUGAAACAACCUCCUCCUCCCCCGAAGAAGCGAGUGGGACGUGAUGAUAUUGAGAUGAAAAAGGGAGAUUGGCUUUGCCCAAAGUGUGAUUUCAUGAAUUUUGCAAAGAAUACAGUCUGUCUACAAUGUGAUGCUAAGCGGCCAAAGAGACAGUUGCUUCCCGGAGAAUGGGAAUGCCCCGAGUGCAAUUUCUUAAAUUAUAGGAGAAAUAUGGCAUGUUUUCAUUGUGAUUGCAAGCGUCCACCUGAUGCAUUUAUGGAGUCUAAAAUACAGGAAAUGCAACCUGGUCCAAGGACAAGGUUGGAGAAGGUUGCCCGACAACCUGGGGUCUCCAAUGCCUGGAAUUUUGACUUCGAUGACGAUGAAUCAGAUGGGGCGGAUGUUGCUGCAUUUGAGUAUGCAGAUACUUCAGUAAAGGGUGAAGCUUUUCCUUCGGAUAACCAGACCCGUGGGGGGGAGUUUAGGGGAAUUGAAGAUAAAUAUGAUACAGUUGACCGAGCCUCAAGGGUCCACGAAAGAAUGUAUUCAGAUAUUAAUAGCAGCAGACAUGGAUUAGGAUUUGAUGACUUUGAUGAUAUUGAUAGUUAUGAGGUUGACUCUCAGCAAAAUAAUCCUGGACAGGAAGCUUCCUCGAAUGUUUACUCCGACAAUGAGGCGUUUUCUAAACCAGAGAGAAAUCAGGGCUCUAAGCGCAUGAAUAAAAGAGUAGCUUUAUCCGACUCCGAUGAUGAUUUUGAUUCAGAUGAAGAACUUUCAGCUCAUCCUAACUGGAAAUCUAGUCAUGUAGCUGAUUCGAAGCAUAGGGGUAGAGGUGUGCCAAUGGACCUUGAUUUGGAUUCUGAUGGCGAUGAUAGUUUUGAAAAUUUUGGAUCCAAACGGUGGAAAGAGGACAAAGGGAGUCGUGGCGGAGGCAGAUUUCGGAACAGAGAAAGCUCUGGUUUUCAAGGUGGUUCCUUAUCCGGUUCAGACUAUGAAAAUGAUGGUCCUCAUUCAAAGAGAAAUGUGUUAAGAGGGGGUAAAAUAGGAUCUGGCAGCCAAGGAAACAGUGUUCGCAGGUACGGUGAUGAUGGUAAUUACAAAUUCAGAAAAGAUUCGCGACCAAGAUCAAACGGCAAGAAGGAUGGCAGAAACAACAAUUCAAACAAUAAUUGGGAUAGAUCACAUCGAGGGUCUCGGGGUGACAAUAGGAGGUUUGGAGGGGAUGAACAUGGCAGGCAAAGAAUGAAGAACAAUAUGCAGAGAUGCAAGGGAGGUAGGAAAGAUGGAGGAUUCGGAGGUAGGCCUCGGGGAAAGUCUCUUGACUAUGGGAAGGAGACGGAUCAUGAUCCUUCAGAAUUUAGCAACAGUAGGCGUGUUAUUGAAAGAUGAGUUAUCCGCCAAUUCUAUACUAUAUUUGUAUUCUUAACACAAUUUUUCGUAUUCUUUUCCUUUAGUGUUUCAAUGCCAAAACCAU